AUGUGGGCACACUCAAUGACAGUUCAGGAUUACCAAGAUCUCAUAGACAGAGGAUGGCGAAGAAGUGGAAAAUACGUCUACAAACCUAUCAUGAACCAAACAUGUUGUCCUCAAUACACAAUAAGGUGCCAAGCUUUGCAUUUUCAGGCCUCCAAAUCGCACAAGAAAGUUCUAAAGAAAAUGUUGAAGUUUAUUUCCAAAGGAGAGGUUUCGAAAGUAGUGAGUGAAGAGGAGCCUAUGGACUCCCAUGUCGACGACGUGGUGGCAGGUGAUUUUGGGUACAAGAGUGAAUCUCAUGCCAGUCUGUCUGAACUGACUCCCUUGAACGUGGAUCCCGUGGAGAAAGUGGAGAAUGAAGAUGAGGAUGCAGGAGAAACAAAAGAAGAGGUGACUGUGCAGAAGGCAGGAUCAAGUUCCACUCGGCUGUGUUCAGAUAAAGAUGUGCCAGACCCUGGAGAACCAUCACAUUCAGCUAAAGCUGUCCAUGCACCACCUAAGCCAGGGAAAGGGGCUGAUCUGAGCAAGCCACCGUGUCGAAAGGCAAAGGACAUAAGGAGAGAAAGAAAGCUGCAGAAACUCCUUCAGAACCAGAUGUGCACCCUUGAAGGCUCUCAGCAGCAAGCAGAUCAAGUUUCCCUCUUGCAAAACUGUAAAUCUAAACCAAACCAGCCUAAAACCAUUGAAGACUUCGUGUUUGUGUCCUUGCCUGAUGAUGCACGACACAAAUUAGAGUUCACACGGUUCCUCUGUGAUUCUCCUCUGGAGGCAGAGAACGCACCAAAUGGACCAGAGUGUGGCUAUGGUUCUUUCCACCAGCAGUACUGGCUGGAUGGGAAGAUAAUUGCUGUUGGUGUCAUUGAUAUCCUGCCCUACUGCGUGUCCUCCGUCUAUCUGUACUACGACCCAGACUAUUCCUUCUUAUCUCUGGGAGUCUACUCUGCAUUACGGGAAAUUGCUUUUACUAGGCAACUCCAUGAAAAAGCUCCUGAUCUCUGUUUUUAUUAUAUGGGUUUCUACAUUCAUUCAUGCCCCAAAAUGAGAUACAAGGGUCAGUACAGGCCCUCUGACCUGCUGUGUCCAGAGACAUACAUCUGGACGCCUAUUGAGCAAUGUCUGCCCCUGCUUGAGCACUCCAAAUACUGUCGAUUCAACCAGGAUGUCAAAGCAGUUGAUGAAGGUCGUGUGAAGGAGCUGGGCAGAGUGAGGGUACUUCACAAGAGAACCGUGAUGCCUUACAGCGUGUAUAAGGAAAGAAGGAAGGGGCCAAGUGAUGAAGCCAGCGUUCAGCAGUAUGCCAGCUUGGUUGGACAGGCCUGUUCAGAGAGGAUGUUGUUGUUCAGAAGUUGA